GUCUUCCUUUUUGUCUUUUGCAGGUCAUUGGUUCACCAGAGUUACUGUAAUUGUGCCAAGACCCUGUGCCAUUAAGGUCAUUUAUGUGGCAGCAUCCCCAGAAGAAUUAUUGCAGCAUUUCCAAGACCCAGUGCUAUUAAGGAACUCGGCAUCCUUUCUACUAGAUGCGGACUCAGCCUCCUGUCUACUAGAUGUGGAUUCAGCCUCCUGUCUCCUGCAAACGGACUCAACAUCCUGUCUACUACAUGUGAACUGGCUACUGUGUGCAUACAUUCAACAUCCUGUGGAUGUAACUUGUUUAACAAAUAUAUUGUUGUGCAACAUGGUCAAUUGUUACAGAAACAGUUUAUUCAUCUUAAGUCUUGCCAUGCAUUAUCUACAUCUUGUGUACUAAAGUUCAUUUUAGUUAAAAAGGAAAUUAGUAUUGCCAGUGUUAAAUAUUCAGCACUGAUUCUUCUUGGGUUAUUAUGAGUAUUUAACCAUUAUGUAAAAAUAAGAACAUAUUUAAGGACAGUUCUGCAUUAAUUACCUACUUUACAUUUUUUCCUCAUAAUUAGAUUAUAAUUAAUUACCUUCAUUGUUUAGUUAACAAAAAAGGUUGAAUAAAAUUACAUUAAGAAUAUAAUUGCCUGCAUCAAUAAUUUAUAGGUAUUGUAACAGUGCUCAUUACCAAAUAUGAAGUUGCAUGGUUCUUACAUGUGUGUGUGCAUGCUGUAAAGAAUAUGUACACUUAGAGUAAUAACCCUUCCAUUUCCCUCUUUUUCUCUGCACUUCCCAUUUCCCAUCAAAGAAGGAAACACAUAUUCCAUCACUCUGUUUUCUUGAAAGUGUACAGUUAUCACAGUUCAAAUGGGUCACCAAAUAGCCCCAUAAUGGCACGUUCUUAUAACUAAUAAUUUAAGUGUACUAGGUGUAAUUUUUUAAGUAUAUUUUUCAGUAUCUGUAUAUUGGUGUUUCCACAGUAAAAUGGACUUUAUUUUACAGAAUUCAUAAAUAUGGAAUACUAUUCUUUAUUAUUGUUCAGUGACUAAAAAAUUUAAGGUAAAGCAAAUCUAUUGCAAAAUUACAUUAGUGUAUUUUUUUCGAAUUCAUUUUGCAACAUUUUGAAGUGCAUACACAAGAGAAAUGAAUUAAGUUUUCAAAAGCCUCUAAACAAAAUCAUUUGUAAUGCAUUCCAUAGAUGAAGCUGGUGAAAGUCAACCUCAGGACCCAGAAUGUGUAAGUGACUUUAAACAAGAGUCAUCUGUAUUACAGCAGAUAAGAAUUCAUACAGACAAGAAACCACAUCAGUGUUCAGUGUGUCUAAAAGACUGUUCAGAGUGUGCAAAAGAAAUUGGACAAAAGUCCAGUCAACUGAAACCCCCAGGCAUUCAUGUACAAAAGAAAUUAAAAUCACACCAAUGUUUACUGUGUUCAGAAUCAUUUUCGAAAAAAAAUUAUUUACAAAAACAUUUAGAGAAUCACAAAGGAGACAAACCAUAUACAUGUUCAAAAUGUCAAAAAGUCUAUUCGCAAAUGGGCAGUCUAAUACGGCAUCUAAGAAAUCAUCCAGGAGAAAAUCCAUGCCAGUGUAUAGUGUGUCUUAAAGUCGUAUCAACUAAAGAAGCCCUACAACGACACAUGAGGAUUCAUACAGGAGAAAAACCAUACCAGUGUUCAGUGUGUCUGAGAGACUUUUCAGAUAAAUCAGUCCUAAUGAGACACCUGAAAGUUCACACCGGAGAAAAACCAUACCAGUGUUCAUGUUGUACCAAAAAAUUCAUUCAGAAAUUUGCACUAAAACAGCACUUAAAAGUUCAUGCACAAGGGAAAUAUCAUGUAUGUUCAGUUUGUUCAAAAGCAUUUUCAGAAAGGUCUCAUUUAGAGCAGCACAUGUUAAUUCACACAGGAACAAUAUCAUAUAACUGUACAGUGUGUUCAAAAGGGUUUUUAAGUAUAACCAAACUUAGGAGACACACCAGAAGUCAUACAGGAGAAAAGCCUUAUCAGUGUUUAGUGUGUCAGAGAGGCUUUUCAGAUAAAUCAGUUCUUGUACGACACAUGAUUGUUCACUCAAGUGAGAGAUAUGAGUGUUCAUUUUGUUCCAAAGAUUUCUCACGCAAAGCACUUCUGCAUCAGCACCUGCGAGUUCAUACAGGAGAGAAACCUUAUCCCUGUUCAGUGUGUCCAGAAAGUUUUUUAAAUACAACAAAGCUGAAGAAGCAUAUGAGGAUUCAUACAGGUGAAAAACCAUUUCAGUGUUUAGUAUGUCUAAAAGACUUUACAGAGAAACCAAUUCUAGUGCGACACAUGAGAAUUCACACAGGAGAGAAACCAUACCAGUGUUCAGUGUGUACAAAAAAAUUUUCACAGAAAAUACAUUUAGACCAGCAUUUAAAAGUUCAUAAAGCAGAAAAGCCAUACAGUUGUUCAGUGUGUGUAAAAGGAUUCUUGUAUUUAACAAGUCUAAAACGACAUGUUAGACGCCACGUAGGAGAAAAGUCAUACCAGUGUUCAGUUUGUCAAAAGAACCUGCCAAAUAGCACAAGUUUAAUACAACACAUGAGAAUUCAUGGAAGAAAGAAAUAUCAGUGUUCAUUGUGUUCAAAAAGAUUUUUACAGAAAGAAGAUCUAAAACGACACUUGAAGGUUCAUACACAAAGAAAAAGAUAUAAAUGUUCAUUGUGCGUAAGGGGGUUCUUUACUAAUGCAAGUCUAAUACGACAUAAGAAGAGUCAUAUAGGAGAAAAGCCAUACCAGUGUUCAGUUUGUCUAAAAGAUUUGUUAGAUAGUACAAAUCUAAUUAAACACAUGUUAACUCAUAAACCAGACAGACCACAUCAGUGUACAGUGUGUCUAGACGACUUUACUGACGAAUCUAGUCUUCAUGAACAUAUGAAAAUUCAUAUAGAAGGUAAAUCAUUUCAGUGUUCAGUGUGUCUAGACGACUUUAAAGAUAAAUCUGGUUUAGAACGACACUCCAUUGUUCAUACAGAAGAGAAGCCGAGAAAUUUUAAAAAUGUUGAGGAAGAUGUUACACUUCAUAUUGAAGAGAAAUCUGAGGGAAGUUGUGUGUGUGUAGAUUUUAAUGAUAAAGAAAAAGAUGUGAAAGUUCAUACAGAAGAGAUAUACCAGUGUUCAGAGUGCCAAAAAGAAUUUUCUGAUGAAAAAGUUAUCAUGCAACACAUGAAAGUUCAUUCAAAAGAUAUAUAUCAGUGUUCAGUGUGUCAGAAAGAGUUUACAGAUAAAGAUAUUGUGAUCCAACACAUGAAAACUCAUAGAGAAGAAAAAACUGAAGAUCAUUCAGUGUAUGUAGAUUUUAAUUUUAAAGAGGAACACAUAGAGGUUUAUUCAGAAGGGAAGCCUGAGGAGAGCUUAACGUGUGAAGGAGAUUUUAAAGGUAAUGAGAAAGAUACUACAGUUAAUGCUGAAGAGAAACCUGAGGAGAAUUCAGUGUGUGGAGGAGAUUUUAAAGAUAGAGAGGAACACACAGUAGCUCUUUCAGAAGAUGUAUUAUAUCAGUGCACAGUGUGUCAAAAAGAAUUUACAGAUAAAGAAAAUAUCGUGCAGCACAUGAUUGUUCAUUCAGAAAAACCUGAGGAGGGUUCAGUAAAUGUAGGAAAUUUUAAUAAUAAUGAGCAACACACACUGAUUCUUACAGAAGAUAUAUUAUAUCAGUGUUCUGGGUGCUUAAAAGAGUUUACAGAUGAAAAUCUUCUUAUGCAACACAUGAAAGAUCAUGUAGAAGAAAAACCUGGGGAGGAUUGUGUGUUUGUCGAAGAUUUUGAAAGUGGAGAGGAUCUCAAGACAGUUCGUUCAGAAGCUAUAGUAAAUCGAUGUUCAGUGUGUCAAAAAGAGUUUGUUGAUAAAGGCAUGCUAGAAAAACACAUGAAAAUUCAUGAAAGUGGAAGACCAUAUAGUUGUCCAGUGUGUUUAAAAGGCUUCUUAACUAAAGCAUGUGUCAUACGACACUUGAGAAUCCAUACAGGAGAAAAACCAUUUCAAUGUACAGUGUGUCUAAAACACUUUGCAGAUAAAGCAGUAUUAGUACGACACAUGAGAAUUCACACUGGAGAAAAACCAUAUAAAUGUUCAAUAUGUUUGAAAGACUUUGCCGAAAAUUCGCGUCUGAAACAUCACAUGAAAUUUCACACAGGAGAGAACACAGAGAAAUCACAUAAAUGUUUAGUGUGCUCUAAAAGAAUUUCUCUAGAGCAUUUAGAACAGCACUUGAAAGUUCAUUUAGGAGAUAAAUUAUUUAACUGUUCACUGUGUCCAAAAGGCUUUGCAAGUAAAGCGAGUCUAAACCAACACAUCAAAAUUCACACAGGAGAGAAAGCACACCAGUGCUCUGUAUGUUCUAAAUUUUUUUCCAAAAAAUCGCACCUAAAUCGGCACUACAAAAUUCAUACAGGAGAGAAACCAUAUCAGUGUUCUGUAUGUUCAACACAAUUUAUCCAAAAAGUACAGCUAGAACAACACUGGAGGGUUCAUACAGGAGAGAAACCAUACAACUGUUCAGUCUGUAUGAAAGACUUUAGGUUUAAGGCAAGUUUAAAGUUACACAUGAGAGUUCAUACAGGAGAGGAAUUAUAUAGGUGUUCAGUGUGUUCACAGAAAUUUUUACGAAAAUCACAUCUUGAACAGCAUUUAGGUGUUCAUGAAGAAGUUGCACCAUAUAACUGUUCAGCAUGUCCAAAAAGGUUUUCAAAUGAAGCAAGCUUAAAGCGACACAUGAAAGUUCAUAUGGAAGACAGAACAUAACUAUUCAGUAUAUUUGAGUUUACAGAAAAGUCAAAUACAGUUGCUCCUUGAGUUACAAUAUUAAUCCUUUCCAGAAGACACAUCGUAGCUCAAACCCCAAAAUAUAUGGUUUUAUGGUAGUAAUUCAUUCCAAGACACUACAACACACUCAACCUUCCCUUGGAUUCUUUUUGUUGUUUAAACAUGGGAGUUUUCCAGACAAUAAGCAUAGGCUACAGUUUGAAAUAUGCAGAGACAGUGGAACCCAGAUAGACAGGCAAGUAGGGAGAGAGGCAUGCAGGAAGGAAGGAAGGUAUGCAGAGAGGAAGGAAGGAAGGGAUGCAGGGAAGCAGAUUGGUAUAGAACUGUAGACUUAAUAAUUACACUGUUGUUGUUGUCUGCAAGUAUGUACAUGUAUGGGCUCCCUCCCACUCACCUCCAACACAUCCUGCACUGUCACUCCAUUUAAGACCUUUUCAACUCUGAUGAUAAUGUCUCUAGCACUCUCCUCAGUCCUUUCUACCUUAAUCUCUAGUUACCCUCUACCCUUGUACUAUCCACUGCCCUGCUGCACUCCAUAACCUCCCUCCCCCUAUCCAUUACCUCUGCAUCCUUCCCUGCCCUGCUGCACUGUAUAAAACUUCUUUUUUUAUUAUACAUGAAUAAUAAUAAUAGUAAGACCUUUUCAUCAUUUUGUCUUGUCUCUGGGCUGAGGCUUGCCCACUCCUGCUUGACCACCAUACAUACACAUACAUACAUUACAUUGCAAAUUUUUUAUUUUAACUCAAAAACUAGAUUUCUUUUCAGGGCAAAUCAUAACUCAAAAUUAAUGUACUUCAGGCUAUUGUCACUCAAGGGACCUUUGUACUGAUAAGAAACCCAUUAUUGUUCAAGUAGUCGUUAUAGAGCUUAUAAAAGACAGUAAUCUGACAGUUUUAUGACACAUUUUGCAGAUGUUAUUAGGGAUAUGAGAAUUAAGAAUGGAAGCCAAAUGUAGUAAUUAGUUUUAUGAACUAAAACUCCAGUAAGAGCAACUAUUGAAGCUGUUUUUGGUUCUGAGACUUGACAGAGGAAGGGGGAUCUCACUGUCAGCGGAUAUUUGAGAUUCAGUUGGGUUAUUAUGCUGGUACUUUGGAAGUUUAUUUUAUAAAUAAUUAUAUAAUUCAUGCCAGUUUUCCUAGAUGAAUUUCACAAACAUUUAAAAAGACACACAAGUUAGAAUCUUAGAUCAAGUGAAGUGAUUAAUAAUCAGAAUAUACCUCUCAUUAUUGUCUCCAUCAGGAGAAGCAUACCGCCACAUGCAAUCAAUAAAUCAUUUAAACUACUGUGAAUUCCUCCAAGCUCACUGAGAGGAAACAUAA